AUGUGGCAACACAGAAUGAACUUCUGGACUCUGACCAUAAAAAUCAUUUUCUUGUCUCAAACGACCACUGGAAUUCUGGGAAAUUUUUCUCUUCUUUUCUACUACAUAUUCCACUGUGGAGAAUUCAUAUCAAAGCCCACAGAGUUGAUUCUCAUGCACCUAAUGGCAGCCAAUGCUUUGACCAUUCUCUCUGUAGGAGUGCCACACACAAUAGCAGUUUUUGGUUUGAAGCAGUUUUUAAGUGAUUUUGGUUGCAGACUACUUCUGUACAUUCAAAGAGUUGGUCGGAGUGUGUCCAUUAGCACCACAUGCAUCUUGAGUGUCUUCCAGGCCAUGACCAUCAGUCACACUCAAUUCCUUUGCAAGGAAUCAAGAGACAAAGCUCCAAAGUAUAUUGGCUUCUCUAUUGCACUCCUCUGGAUCUUUUACGUGCUGAUACAUUUCAUUUACAUUGUGUACCUAUUUGUCAAAGGGAACAGUAAAAAUGUGACCAGGAAACGAGAUUUUGGAUACUGCUCUAUUGUAGGAGAGGGUGAAAUCAGUGACUCAUUAUAUGCAGCUACUGUGGUGUGCCCUGAAAUCCUCUUUUCGUUAGUUAUGUCCUGGUCUAGUGGCUCCAUGAUUGUCAUUCUAUACAGUCACAAGCAGAGGGUUCAACAUAUCCAUAGCACCCAUGUUUCCAGAAGAAUCUCCCCUGAGUCCAGAGCCAUCCAGAGCAUCCUGGUCCUGGUGCUUAUCUUUCUGGCUUUUUACACUGUGUCCUCUAUCUUACAAGGCUGCAUAGCUCUUUUAAAUAACCACAGCUGGUGGCAGGUGAACAUCACUCACUUCGCUUCUCUGGGUUUUCCCUCUUUUGCUCCCUUGGUUGUUAUGAAACAUUACUGCAGGGUACAUAGACUCAAUUUGGUCAGGAUAAGGAAUAUAAAUCUUUCUCCUCAUCUCUUCAUC